AUGUCAAUUUUCAAAUUGCCAUUACUCAAAAUAUGUAUUCCAAUGUCCUUCAAAGUUUCUUCUUUUAAGCCUACGUAUGGCUUCAUUAUCUUGAAUUGCCCAAUAUAAUAAAGUAAUUUAAUUAUUGGGAUAUAUAUAUAUAAAUAUAAUUUGGAUAAAAAAAAAGGUUAAAUGGGAAAGGUAAACUCUCAUUAAGGUGCCACCAGCUAAAAUUAACAUUUUAAAAAUACACAGAUCCACAUCCACAAAAUGUAUCCACAAAAUACACAUCAUUAAAAUCAUUAUCGGUUAUUUUUUGUUGUUAUCAUCAAGUUAGAGUUUCUCCACUGGUCUCUCCUUGGGACCCUCAUUUUCUCAUGGUCAUCAAGUUGCAGCCAAGCAGUUUUAAAGAAUUCAAACCAAGCAAAUGUAUUUUUCAAACAGGUUAGUAAACACAUAUACAAUGUCAUGAUAAAAUUAUGUUUAUUAUAUAGGCCUAUGUUUAACAUAAAAUGUACACAUAUUGUCAUUCCUGCAAUCAGAACAUAUUACUACUUAUCAUUAUUAAACAGCGUGAACAUCACAACUGUAUUCUGCAGAUUGUAAUGAAUAUGAUUAAAAUAAACUGGAUAACUGUUUUCAUACAAAGUAAGGCCUAAACAAUUUUUUACAUUUUUUUACUUACUGUUUUUACUUAUACGUUUGUGAAAGCUUUUCUGUCAAAAUAAAAGUCAGACAUUAGAUAACGAAGCAUUUAAAAUAUAUUAUUAUUAUAAUUUUGACUACACACCCAUCCAGAACCAUUUGGUGACCAACUUUUGGAUUCAGGACCCACCAGUUGAGAAAAGUAUGGAUUAAGUGAUAAAUUAAAUGAAAAAUUAUUUGUAUUUGGAAAAAUAUCUGAAGCUUCAUAAUGCCACAUUUAGAUAUUUCUAUUCAGUGCUUUACUAUUGUGUCACAAUAAUGUAAUGUUUUUGAGUUCAAAUUCAUUUGGGGACUUUUCCAAGCAAAUAUUGAUAUAUAUGAUUGUUUGCGAUUUAAUCAGCAUGUAUUUCUCAUUAAAGUCUCACCCUCUUUCUACCCCAUGAAUAUUUCUGUAGAUCGGCCUCAGGUGCAGCGUAAUUAUAUGUUGUCUUAGCCAGGCUACCAAGGAGGUAUCGACAGACUGUUGUUCCCGUGUACGCCGGCUGGCUAAACAAACCAACCCUAUUUUACGCGCAGGUGACCCAGCAGCGUAGAAGUGCGUCACUGGCAACCUUAUAAAGCGCACAGGUGCCCGCUAAUUGCGCACAUUGCCGAUUAGCUGAUGUCUUUGUGUGCCGUGGUUUAAUGCUCUGUGGUUCAGCCGCUGCUUUUCAAUUUGAAGACAUAUUUUCACUGCGAACAUGAGUUCUGGAGGAGGGACCCCUUACAUCGGCAGUAAAAUAAGUCUGAUAUCCAAGGCUCAGAUUCGGUAUGAGGGAAUAUUGUCCUCUGUCGACACUGAUAGGUCCACGGUUGCUUUAGCCAAAGUAAAAUCCUAUGGGACAGAGGACCGGCACACGGAUAGACCAGUGCCACCCAAAGAUGAAAUAUAUGAAUAUAUAAUCUUCAGAGGAAGUGACAUCAAAGACAUCACUGUGUCCGAACCACCAAAACCACACCAUGGACUGCCUCGUGACCCCGCUAUUGUACAGUCGUCUGUUGGCAGUUCCUCUGCUGCGUAUCACCCACGCUGGAGUCCAUACAGAGACAUGAUGCCCACCUACAACCAGCUGGCUGCGAGUUCUCUCCUCAACCAGCAGUACAAUGCGGCGUUAGGCUUAGGACUUCACGGCAUCCCAGUCAGAAGAGCUCCCAUGGUCGAGCAGGCUGUCCAGACCGUGCCGUUGGCCAGUGCUGCUCAGAAAAGGGGGAAGACUUCAGCCCAGCCACAGAACAGACAGCCGGUUCGUCCAACCCAGCGCUCUGGCCGGGGUGGUUCCCAGGUUCUGAAGGAGAACGUACCCACCAGUCGGACAACAUCUCAGCCCAGUGCAGCCAAGAGUCAAGGCCAAAGCACUGAGAACCAGAAACAAAGGCAAAAGCAAGGCAGUCGCAGGUCCAGGAACAGAAGCAGAGGCCAACUUCUUGUGAAAAACUCGAAGGCCACAACCUUGCAGUUUGAGUCAGAUUUUGAUUUUGAAACUGCAAAUGCUCAGUUUAAAGAUGAUCUCACAAAGGAGGUUGUAGUUGAAAAGGUAGAUUCUGGGGAGGCCCAGCAGGACAGCCAGAGUCUGCAGGAGGAGGAAACUCUGGGAGAUAAAUACUACGACAAAGCCAAAUGCUUCUUUGACAACAUUUCAUCAGACCUUAAACCCAGGAGAACCACCUGGGCAGAGGAGAAAAAGUUGAAUAUGGAAACAUUUGGAGUGCCCGGCCGCUUCCUGAGGGGCAGAGGGUUCAGGGGCAGAGGACGCGGAGGGCAGAGCGCCACUGAGCAGCGACCCCUCCCAAAAAUUGGUAGUGGGAGGGUGUGAAGGCUUUUCUUUGUUAAUAAUUUCUGUAAAUAUUGUAGUUUUCUACUUAUUUAAAAAGUACCUCUCUUUUUUUUCCCCAUUUGAAGCGAAGAUGUUUUUUUUUUUUUCCCUUUAUCCCAAAUAUGCAUUUAGGGAAUUUUGAACUUUGAACCUUAAUAUUAUAUUAAAUGGGAGAGUGAUUUCUUUUAAUCAAGCAGCUGUAUGCUUAGAAGCACAUUUAUUCAUUGGUAGUCUUGUAAAAUGCAAUGUGGAAUUUGUCUUCAGAACAGGCCAGCAAACAAGAGAUUUUUUGGGUUUUUUUUGCUUAAUGUACUAAAUUCUUGUCUACUUGACUGUCCAAAUGUAACUCAAAAUUGCUUUUGGAGGACAGCUGUACUUUAUUUUCUUUUUUUUCUUUCUUACUUGUAAAAUAAACUGUGGAGGACUUUGUAACAGUUGCUAUUAAAUAACAUGACUGAAA